AAAUCAUUUUUUAAUUAGUCCUCUUGGACUUCCAUGUAUGAAUUGUCUCUAUAAUUCGUGAAAAUACGACGGAAAAUUCGUCUUGAACGGAAUUGCGUUUCUUCCUCAUCGUCUGGAAUACAACGUCCGACCUCAGGUCUGGUCCGACCUGCAAGAAAGAUGAUUUGAUUCAGAUUCAUUGCGUGACGCUGAAAAAAUUUUGAUGACGGAUUAUACUAGAUAUCGAAGUGACAUUGGGGUACGUCAACAAUCCGCAUAAAACAACCAAUCGAGCGUAUACAAAGGCUAACAACACGCGAUUAGUAUGUAAAACGAACCGCAAAGAUAAUUUUUUUGCUAUCCAAGAAUAAAUCCAUUACUUUUUAAAAAAAAUGCCCAAUGAAAAAUUGCGCAACUGGUGAAUAUCAAUUUUCGCGCGAAUUUCACAAUGACAUGCGCUUUCAUCAUCUACGUCAUCACCAAGAACUCAACUCUACAAAAUAAAUACGUCGAUUCACUGAAGUUUGAUUUAUGUUUUAUGCAUGACAAACUCUCAUUAUCGUUCUUUCUUUCAUACUCAAGUGAUCACUUGUACAGUCUUUUGAUUGUCCUAGGAGAACUGUGUCCAUGAAGCCGCUAACAUUGUACAAACUUAACCGUGAUUGGAUUCUUUGCAUUGCAUCUAUUACGUCUAACUACGUCUUGAGUCUUUGGUGAUAACUAGCGUCAUAAAAUAGUAAUAUCAAGACGAUUAUUCAACCGACAAGACAAAAACUUCACAUUUUACGUUAAUGUCAAAUGCGUUGAUAUCUUUAUUACGUAGUAAAAAGCUUUUGGUGUUUUCACAGGAGCAUAAAUUCAUAAAAUUGACCUCUGAAAGGGACAUGCGAGCUUAGGCAACUCAAGAAUUUCGUAGCGAAGGGAUCAUUUUCAUAAUUAGCCUACAAUGACAGAUCUUCGUCACAAAUCCAAAGAAUUAGCAAAGGAUAAUUCUAUCAACCACGAGCUUCGUGAAGCACGUAUACCGGAAGAUAGCGACUUGCAGGAGAGUGAAUUCACAUGUGGACUUUUGACAUGGCGAAGCAAAGUUCUUCAACGUUUCGCGCGACCCGGAUGGUUCCUCGUUUUUCAGUGCUGGUUUGUCCUAGCACAAGGAAUGAUUGUAUCAGGUUUAACUGGUGUAGUAAUAUCGUCCUUAGAGAAACGAUUUUUUUUGAAGACGAGUCAAGUUGGUGCAAUUUCUAGUUGCUAUGACAUUGCAGCAGCAUUAAUGGCAAUCAUUGUCAGUUACUAUGGUCAUUACCACAAACCCAAAUGGCUGGGCUGGGGGGCAGUAAUUUUAAGCAUUGGAUGCUUUCUGUUUGCUUUGCCGCAUGUAUUAGUCGGUAAAUAUAUUCCAAGUGGCAAUGAAAAAGACCUCUGUAUUGCUAAUGCUACAAGCACUUUAUCACCGCAACCUCCACCUCCUGGGUAUGACUUAAAGCCAACAGACUUCUCCUUCAUCGGUGCUUGGUGGCUUGGGUACAUUGCUGGGGGUAGUCUUGCAUUGAUGUGUAGUGUACCAUUAUUAAUGUUUCCAAGGGAACUCCCAGGRACAUAUAAAAUACGUGCUGAGAAGCAACAACUUAGUGACACAAUUGAAGAUGCCAACACUCCACAUACACUKAAGCAACUUCUSCCAGACUUGAARGAUCUGCUAACGAAYCCAGUAUUUGUAUUUUUAGCUCUUGGAGCAACUUUCGAAGGGUUYGCAGUGAGUGGAUUUUCAACAUUUUCACCCAAAUUYAUGGAAGCGCAGUUUCGAAUGUCAUCCUCUCAAGCCAGUCUGUAUACUGGACUAGUUACWGUCUCUGGCGGGAGCAUUGGGAUGUUUUUGGGAGGUUAUUUGAUAAAGAGAAUGCAAUGGAAUUGUUCUCAGAUUUUAAAAGCAUGUUCUGUGAUAGCUACCAUUGCUGCUAUUCUUGUGACUGUUAUAUUGUUUGGCUGUCCAAAUAGAGAAUUUGCUGGCGUAACAACACCUUAUAUCAACAGCACUUCUACUGGGUCAAUGGAAAAUAAAUGCAACCAAAACUGUGGCUGUAAAAUUAGUCAGUAUACACCGCUUUGUAACUCUGCUGACCAAAUAACCUACUACUCACCAUGCUAUGCRGGAUGCUCACAACAAAAUAUUGGUCCUGGAAAAAAUGAGUUCAGUAAUUGCAGCUGUUUUUCAAUUCCCUACAGUCGGGCACUCAAAGGCAGUGGUUGUGCCCCUGAAUGCAAUAAUCUCAUUCCUUACAUGUUUGGUGUUUUCUGUUUAAUGGUCAUGACUUUCUUAAACAACAUCCCUGCAAUGACAGCUACAUUGAGGUGCAUUCCAGAAAGCAAAGGUUCAUUCGGUCUUGGUAUUCAACAGCUGAUAGUGCGCAUUCUUGCUUUCAUUCCUGGACCAGUAUUGUUUGGGCUUGUCAUCGAUACAACUUGUCGCUUUUCACAGAAAGAUUCAUGUGAUGAAGGAGCAGAACGGAACUGCUUGGAAUAUGAYACUGAUAGCUUCAGGUAUGCCAUAUUUGGGAUGGGAUGUCUUUUCAAGACACUCUCUGCUGUUUCAUUUAUCUUUGCYUGGAAGUUCUACAAGCUCCCAAAAASUUGCACAAUUAAAGAAGACAGCACAGUUGUAGAGAACUCUUUAGCCACAGAGCUUGAUGGAGCAGCGUUAAGUGACAGGGAGACUGUACAACUCACCCCACCACCCCAAGUCAUCACUGUCAAAUUUGAAUUGGGUGGUUACAUACAUGGCAACGCGUAA